GAUAAAUUGGCACGCAAGGCAUUUUAUUCAAGGAAACUCGGCUGUCAUUCUAACACACCUACUCCAGCAAAAGGCAAAGGUUGGUGUCGAUUUUGGACCUCUUUCCUAAAUAAUAUAUAGAGCGGAAACAAUAACACUUCUUGAGCGUGCGAAAGAUAAUAUGGUGUUGACAUUUGUUAAAUUGAAAUUUGUUACUUCAAUACCCAUCCAUUCUGCUUACAGCUUUAUUGUUUGAUACAUUUUUCAUGAUUCCUCGUCCAUUUUUAAAGGAUGAAAUGUGCAAAAAAAGAUAAAAAAUCUAUUUUGCAGCAAUUUAAUAUGCGAAGACAGAUUUGGUUGCAAUAACGUCGGAGGAAACUUUUAAAUUUGGCCUCAGGCUGUUUAUCAAAAAACCAAACCAUUUAUUUUUCAUUCUCUGUGGGAUUUAGAUGAAGUCUUUGCCCCCAAAUGAUGUGAUUGUCUAUUUUUUUUAAGCAAUCGGGAAUUUAGUGUCUUGCACCAGUUUUUGUCAUUCUAUGACAAGUGUUUACUCCUCUCCGGUUUUUGCGCGAGAUAAUUUGUCGAUGUUUUGAGGUGAGAAUCUCCUGUAAUGUAAGUCUUUUUCUAUUUGUUGCAAAAUGCAGCUAACUCAUCUUUGUUCCUGUAGAAAACUUGGAUAUGUUCGGAUUUCGACAUUUAUAUUAGUUAAUCAACUUGCAACGUUUUUAUGUAAUUAUAAGGAACACAAACUAACUCUGCUAACAAAAAUUAAGACUGGGAAUUUUUUUAGAUCGAUUUCAAUAAGUUUCGAUUUAACGCCCUGUUUCCAAGUUUACAGUUUUGCAAUUAUUCCAUUAUCAACUCGCUGAGACAAAGUCAUGAGAAUCGUUGCUUUGAUUCUGGAUGAUGUUUUACCAUUGUAACUAUCUGGCGCUUUUCUUGGUGCCUCUUUAUAACGUUGGAAAAAUUCAGGGAAAAAAAAUGGAUGUUCAGGCACGCUAUCAACGUGAGGUGCCUUUAUUUCUCGAAAUUUCUUCCAAAAUUGACUUCUUCUAAGAAAAACUGAAUCAUCUCGGCGGGAGAGCACUUGUAAUUCAAUAUGAAUGUCUGUUUUAGUCCCAAGUUUUGUAAUCUGAAUCAAAAACGCACUAUAUUCCUAACAUACGUUGGAAUAAUUUCUAAUGAUGUUUUGUUUUCCGGCUACAGUUUGAAAGUAAAUGAGGAGAAUUAGAAAAGAAUGGAAAGCAGAGGGUUCACACUGUCGGCCAGACGCCGGGCGCCGGAUCAUCUGUUUCUUAAUAAUGUAAAAGAAAAUUGUAAAGAGAAUUGAUUGAAAACGGGACAUUUUGUCUCCGCAUAAGUUCAUUUUUCAGCUUAGCAAGACCAAAACUCGACCCGGUAUAUGAGCCGUGAUGACCGGCGAAUCGUUUAAUAUCGUUAAUGGAAAAUUAAAUGAUUAUAAAAUAGUGAAAAACGAGACUUUGCUUUGAGGUAAAAGUAAUUUAAAGACGUUCAUGAAAUACUUUAUUCUAGGAACCUUGCAUUUUCCAGUUACUUAACGUAUGUGUUCGAACUGAUUUUCGACUUGUCUUGCAGAAACAUCUUCCGUAAGUGUAGGAAGGCUUCACAACGUCGUUAGAUCAGGUAAUGAUCACGUUCGUUUCUCCAUGUUGUGCAGAGCAUGCUGAGUGUUCCAUUCGUGAUGAACAUCUCAUGUUUGGUACGCCUUGUAGGCAAUUAUGCGCUUCUACAGUGCAGCCGUCAUGUUCUCUGUCAGUUUCUCUCGUACUAGAACACUGAUCCCCGUGGUUGAUAGGACUGCAGCAAACUGAUCGAAGUGACAUUUUUAGUUUGGAAGGUUUUUCUUAAUAUUCCGCUGCAUUAAGGGCUGGCGCAAGUUCUCGCUACGAGCAAACUAUGUCACUCAAUAAGUAAUUUGUGCCUUUUAAGAACAACUUGCAACGAGAUUCGAAAUGUGCUGUUUUGUAAACUGUAUGGAUAUUCUUUGAAUUCACUCGUCAAUUCAGUGAAUUGAAAAGUAUCGGCACGUGUUUAAAUUAAAUAUAUAGAUUUAGCCAAGCCUAAAAGCGGAGCUCUUUUUAGUUUAUUUUCCAGCCCUUCAUUAUGAUAAAAACUGUCAUAAAACUCUUCAGCACUGGUUGUAGGAGAAUUUCUUCAAGGGGAUUUUUUUCGAAUAUCUUUUACUGACUGACUUGAAAAAAACAAGCAUUUCUCUUGCAUCCUUGCAGUUAAAGGUUGCUCAAAUAUUUCUCACACCCUACACAAUGUUACAGUGAAUCAUGGUGAUCAAGUUUACCUUUUAUUCGAUCGAUCAAAAAUUCAUCCUCUAUCGUGCGAAUGCCUUAGUUGCUCUUCGCUCGUAUGGGCUGAGAGAGGGGUGCAGUUUGCGCUCGAGGCGUAUCACAACUGUAUCAUGCAUCAUUUUAAAAAAGCACAACUGAAAAAAGAAUAUGUGCAAAACAUACUGAAAAGCCAUUUAUUGUCUGCAGAGUCUUAAUUGCGACAACAAUAGUUUCUUUCUUCUUUGUCAAUUCACAACCCUUUUAUUUGAAUAAUUCUCAGUCAGGUCGCCAGAUAUGACAUGUUUGCGUCUGCAUUAUUAUAAUUCGAACUCGUUAAGUUUCGGUAAGAUUCAAUGUUAACUGCGACUUUUUCGCGGCCAAGAAACAAAAAUUUCACUUAACAACCCUAAUCCGAAUUUAGUUAAACUUUUGAAUCAAGCAAUUGUAUCAGGUUAGGGCUAAUUUCAUUACCAUUUUUUUUCAUUUCUACUGACGUGUUAUGGCGCCGCAACGACUAUUAUAAGAUAUAGUUUUUCGGGAUCUUCUCCUACCGUUUUCGUUGUACAGACUCCAGAGAGGUAGAGUCCAAGAGGAUAAGAAAAUGUUUUACACUUGCAAACGUUACAACUGGAUUUCAAAUUCACAUCUCCACAUUUCCUUUAACAAAAGAUGUUUUAAGGCGCAUUAAAUGUGUAAAUUUCUUAAGUGGCAGAAACACCUUAGGCAGCUGUCCAAUUGUUUCGUAACAUUGAUACUCAUAUUGCAAUAUUUUAUUCGUUAUUGUUUCAAUAACGCUGGCACGCCUCGCAAACAUAGAUUUUGAUAGCCAGUUGAUACACAGUGGCGCAUAAGGCAAACAAUCAACUUUAAAGCAUUUAGCUGUCUAUAUAUUACCAUAAAAAUUGUAUUUACUUUUACGGUGAAGAAGAAGAAGAAUUUUUUUUUAUAAAGGAGUUGAUUUGAGAAUCAGUGGGAAAACUCGACAAAAUCAGAAUUAAUCUUUGGCGUUUGUUGAAACUGAAAACACAUUUCCAAUUUUCGGGGGAUUUUCUUAGAAAUUAAUGGUAAGAGCCUUCAUUCUUGAGGAUGUGGCACAAAGGAAAAUUCUGGGUCCGUGGACUGGAUUCAAGGCCAUGGUGUAUGGAAUAACAAUAGGCGGAUCCCAACCAUGAUCCCCAGGGAACUCGGGCUGCACCACAUCAUAUGUUUACCGUUUUGUUUCUAGCGUUUCAUAAUCGACAUUUAUUCGAUAUACAAUCGAUAAUUUCCAAACGGGAGAACUGAACCUCGAGAAAAAUGUGGUAUUAUCUCCUUUACAUGUUCAAGUGCUUUCUGAGAUAAAUAACUCAAAUGAUGGAUUCACUACACGGAGUGGGAGUUGUUUCAUAUUGAAACUGCUUGUAAGCGGCUGUCUUGGAAUUACAAGAAUAUAGGAAAUGGUUAUAGCAUUAUCCAUCUAGCGGGGAAAGGGGUACAACCAAUGAUGUACCAUGCGAAGAAUGUUACGCCUAGUAGGAGUACAUAUUCUAGCCUGUGAUAGAUUUUGGGUUGGGAUUUCACGAUACCAGUUAUUCAAAGGUUAAGGAAAACCACCAUGAAUUUUAUUAGGCUAAAGUUAUACGGUUUCUUAAGAGGAAAGAAAAAUAUCGUUAAGUUUUUGGUGUUUGUCUUCCCUUCAUCUUAGAAGAUAUUUUAAGGAUUUGAUGCGUAUCUGGUUAUUUGUAAAAGUUUGCUUUUUUGUUGAAAGUGAAUAACAGGGUACGUGUUUUGCCUGUUUGGUAUAUAGCAUGUGAACUAACUUCAUCUACCGCUUCCAUCCCCCCGUGGAACUUUAUCCUUGAAAACUAAUGAAUAACUGUUUGAAUAUAAUGCAUAAACUAACAUAACUAAAAACUUAUUCUUUAUUUAAAAAAACAUGUGUUCUGGUUUCUAUUUACCUUUCAACCAAACUUGAUUUAGUCAUUUAUCCUUACUCAAUUCUAGCGGUUGAAAUUACUAUGAUUAAGCAUAAAAAAUAAUUGCUAGAAUUUUAGUUUUGAAAGUGUCGACGAGAAUGUUUUUUUUUUCUUUUUUUUUUUUUGAUACGCAUUUUCAGUUUGCGCACCGUUUUCCGUCACGCUUUUAAAGAUAAUUUAGCCAGUUCUUUGUCGGCAGUGCACCAUAGUUACAUUUCUUGAAUAUCAUAGCAAUUGUCUAGGGAAAGCAAGCAAUCUCAGUUAUUACCAAGCCACUUGCAGACCCACCAACUUUAGCGUACGUGUUUUAAGUUGGUUUCUUGCUGAUAAAGCAUUGCACAUAUUUACUCUUUGGUGGUUUAAUAAUGAUUUAAGUGAAAGGAAAAACGAUUCUAGAAAUUGAUGUCUAGAAGUCCAACUUGCGUGUUUACAGGACUACUUUAAAUUUUUAUUAAGCUUCUUUAAGUCAGUUGAAUAAUUUAUGAAUCGCAGUUAAUCUAUUUGUUCAAAAAUAAACUUCACUUAGUCCAGUGGACUUGGACAGCAUUCAUUGUGUGCGUGUUACAAGCCGUAAAUAAUAUUAUUGUUGAAUGAUUUCCACAUCUGGUAUUUGGUGACGAGCCACGCGGAUCGCUCAUUCAAAGGUUAGACGCGGAAUUUAUUGGAAUUUUCAUCUUUCAAAGUAUCAUCGAAUGCCGUGAAUAACACAUAAAGAAAACCUAGACAUGACAGCGUUUACAUAAUGGCGACAGGUACUUAGAGAAAAUCCACCGAGUGAGGGCGGCGGACAGGUUGAUGGAAAUCACGUUGUUUAUUGACUUGUGUGAAAACCAAACGAAACGAAGCUAUAACAGAUGAGCAGGAAACGAAAGGCAGGCGCUGAACUAAAAAGUCUCUGCUUGAAAAAUAAAUUAAACUAAGGAUAAAAUUGAUUCUUUCUUUUGACUUUCACCUUAGAUUUUGUUUCAUUGAUCGCUAUGAAUCGUUUUACCUUUUAUGAGCUGUCGAAAACUCAUUUUCCGAAGUGAAUGUUGUGUUUAGAUAUUAAAAUGUCUUCAGCGCUCUUAAAUCUAACCAAGCCCUGAGGCGUUCGCUGCAUAACAGCUUUUUGUGGGUGAAAUGUGCUUUCACUUCGACACUCGUAAUUUUGUGUGUCAAAACUUCAAUUUGAUUUGAUUCGUUCUGUAUAAACUUCUACAUUUUUGUUUCCGUUUAGCACUGUUUUACAACACUCCGGUGUGUUAAGGUCUUUGUGAUAAGAUGAUUGUAUAGAAAAGUUGAAUGGCACGGAUUUAGGUUAAACCUUGGAUAGGUGAGGUAGGCCGGGAAGACGAAAGAAAUAAUACGGGAGAGAGAGUGACUACCGCGCGCAUGUUGAUCUAAGUUUAGUCGAUCGUGCAGUCACAUCAUCCCGGUGAAGGUGGUACUAAGAAUGACUGUGGUCGGUUGGAGUGUCUGGAGUUUGUAACCUUAAUGGAAAACAUCACCAAAGUCUCUUGACCUUGGUGACUCCAAUAAAUGAUUUUUUUUUAAAAUUGGUUUAACAAGCUACGCGAGACAGAUCGUGAAUUUUUGAUAAAUUCUUCUUCAAAACCAUCGCUUCAUCUAAGUUUAUGAACUGGAAUCGAUCUUACACGACGUAGACAAUGAUGAAUUUUACAUGAUGAAUCUUACAUCUGCACACCUUUAGUUUACUUUGUAUAGUAUCUAAUUAACCUCUUGCACUGUAAUCAAACCUAAAUUUCAACGGAAUUGCGCAGGGGAAUGUUGUAAAUCGUUUACUUCUAUGUAAGCCUUCUAAACUUAACCAACAACACGGAGUAUAACCCCGUGUUAAUGGAGCAAAGUAUUCGAGCGACCUUUUGUGGGACAAAAAAUACUAAGGUGAAUAAUUAUUAUUUUGUCGUACUGGGGUCUUUUUUGUAUUUUCUCGAAAUCGUAAAUUUGAUCUGAUUACAACUGAAUUUAAAUACUAGAAAGAGGAACAACAAAGUACAGUUAAAGAUACUACAGAAUAGCCGCGUGUCGCGCUGUUUUAUCGGUCUGCAAUCGCGAUCGAUAUGUAAAAACAAUAAAGUUUUCUACUAGAAUCUAAGUAUAACAAGAAUGUAACAAAAAUUGACUUACCUUUUUGCUUGAUAUGAUAUAUUCUUCCUGAGCCAGCUAAACUCGAGGUGAUUUGAGGUCGCUUGACGCGAUUCUCGGUUUCUUUUGACUCCUUCAAAGUUCAAAAGAGGAAAGUAGCCAUCCUAGAUUUUUAUCACCUAGGACAACAAUUUUCUUUUCAAGUUCAUUGAAUGUAAAAUAGCUGCUUAUUGUUUGAGCCACGGCAGCUAAUUGCUGUAGCAUCCUUUUGGGGAUUCAACCUUUAUUUCAAAGUCUUUCAUUAACAUUUAAUCUGGAUGAAUUCUUUCAUUCUUAGGUGUAAACUAUUACCAGCCCUAUAUUUACAGCAGUGAAAGAAUGAAAGGCCAUUAAGGGAGCGAAAAGGCCGUUAUCUUUGUGUGUAAAAUAGCAAACUCAGUGUAAACAGAGGCUGUUUUUUUUAUUUGUAAGAUAACGUUAUCAUUUGUCGAGCAAGUUUUAAUUUAGACCAGUAUUACAAAGUGUUGUUGUUUUUCGUAAGUGCAAGGGAUUAGCAAUGUGGCCUGUACAUUUUGUUAACAAAAAGGAAAAUCCGAUGUAAACAGAGACUAGUUUUGAACAGAUUAGGUUUUCGUUGCCGUGAUGUAGUUCGUGAUAAUUUGGGAAACAAGUUUACGUUUUUAACGGUAUUUCUAAGUCCUGCUGUUUUCAUUACAUCUGAGAGCGAUAAUCUUGACCCCAAAUAGUGAAGAUAAAGCAAAUCUGACUGUUGCUGAUGAGGGCAGAAUGUGCAUGAGUUGCUGGGUCAUUUUUCAUCGAGAUAAAGUAUGUUGCUCUUGUGUAUGUUGAGCAUUGUUUGUCAUAUAAUCACUAGGCUGUGUUUCCAUGCGUAGCCUUAAAAUAUACCUGGUGAAUUUGUAAACUGAAGUAAUUUUCAUCAAUGGUUUUUCCGCCGUUGUGCGUAGGCGGAGCCUCUUGAUAUUAGGGAAACAAACUACCUUACUGCCGCUGUAGACGAUAUUUUUAAAACAACUGCCCCAGGUACUGUCAUACAUGUUGGUUUCUUUUCCAGUUUUUAUUAGUUUUGUAAUAAGUAGCUUCAUUUAAAAAUUCAAGAAUUAAACUAAAUUGAAUUUUUAAUUGUUUAGACCCUCUUGGAAAGCACUUUUAAUGUAUUCGGUAUACAAUUUUGCUUUUCUUUUCUCCAUGACCUGCAGUUGUGGUCACGGACACAUCAUUGUACAGUUGAAAACUGAGGCAAGAAUUCUUAAUUAAAUCAGUCCUUGCAUGAGAGCAGCAGAGCGAUUACCUCUAAAAUUAGAGCCCAAAAGAUUUUGCUAGCAAGUUCGAAUAUCUGUACAAAUUAUGGAUUAAAACAAGGGACGAGAUGACCCAUAGAUAAUAUUGUUGAAAAAAACUUUGAUCCAUUUUACUGAUCACAAGGUGACUAAUACUUGACAGAAUGCAAAUACCACUGUGUUGAGCACAAUAAUUACAAGUUUGGUUAGUGCUGUUUUAUUUCAGGUACAAUGUUUGACUUUCUUCAAAGCUUUACUGUUUACUUAAGUCGACAAAAUACAUAAAGAACCAUUCUAAGAAUGUGUUUUACAGCUGUUUUACAAAAUUUAACAUUUUGACAUCGUUACUCAAAGCAUUCCCGCAAUUUCCUUCCAUAGUUGUUUUUUCUUCAUAAAAAUGUUUGUUUUUUGAGAGCUAAUUUGACCUGCGUUUUUGGCUUCAAAGCGAGCGCUUACAAUAGAGUGAGUAUGUCAUUUAUUUUGUUUACAAAGGUUCGCAGAAGCGUACAUCAUUAAUUAGGUCUUACCUUUGUGGUGAGUCCAAAGGGAUUAAAAUUGUUUUAAUGCAUAAGGAUAGGUCUGUUAACUAAAACGCAAGCUGACGGCUAAAAGCGCUUGUCCCUUCCUUAGUUUGCGUGCUCAGGUAGGAUUUUGUUUUUCUUUUGCAGUUACUUAGGGCUUAAAGAGGUUUGAAAACGAAUAGUGAAGUGCAGGAACUUGUCAAAACAAUAGACUACAAUUUUUAAUUGAAGACACUUUAUAGCUCGGUUGUUGUAUUCCUGUUCACCACUCAGCACCCAAUGUGUUAUCAGGGCAUAAUCUGACUGAUUUCCAGUCGUUUCCGACAGAAGAGCUGAAAUCAUAAACAAUCUCAGCAGAAGUCGUAUUAUGUCGCUCAAUGGGUGGUGUAUUUUGAAAAGCCCUAAUAACAGCAGUACAUGAAAAUAUUUAAUAAGGCGCACAGUUUGUAGCUUGCCAAAGGCUUUGUUGACUUCACCAAGCUCUCCAUUAUUUUUGCAGGUAACAUUACAUGAUUGUUAUCUGUUACUAGACUCAGUGUGCAAGCAUUCAACGCCAAUUUAGUUUCGACUGCAAGUGGUUAAGUUCGCUGUUGUUCUUUUUCGUUUGCAGGUUUGUUUGCGGACAUCUUUUCCUCUCGUGCUCAGACAGAAAACGAGAAGAGAGGAUCUUUUAACACUUGUGACAGGUACGGUUUUGCCUCGUCUGGCUCUGCCCAGUAUGCUACUUAACUGUUAAAACUUGUAAUAUACGUUUGCGCUAAUGUUGCUAUAUUUCGUUACCGAAAACGUCUUAGAGCUUUAAUUUUUGUUGCGUUUAAUCAGGCACUUUUGUACUCUAUGUACAAUACAGCCACAAGUUGGAAAUAAUUUACAUGCCUUGAACGAUAGAUAUUAAUGUUUAAAUAGCUAUGAAAUGUUCUCGGUGUAUUCGUGCUUGUGUGUACUUGCUUUUUAACUACACAUUCCUAAACAGACCAGAAGAAAAUGUAAUCGGCGAGAAGUUUAAUGUUAGGCACAACUUGUAGGGCAGUCUGAAUAGCUUCGCCAUCGGGGUCUAUUUGUAAACAAAGACAAUAACUGGAGAACCAAGGUUUAUUUUCAAAACAAAUUUUGCAUUUAAAUGUGUGUAAUUCUUUUAGAAAGCACUUUCGUGUCUUUUCUGACGUCCACUGUUCAGUAAAGGUAUUUGAAUAACAUAAGUAUUGGGUUUGCUGUAGUCUUUACCUAUCUGAAUGACAAUGCUAUCAAAAGGGAAAUUGUGUUAAAUAGUUAAGGUGAUUAUAUAACAGUAAUCUCCCUAAGGGAAUAUGGGUGUUAAUUAAAGGUACAUUUAUUUUGUGACAGCAAAAAUAUAGCUUGAACCUUUUAAAAAGGAAUAUGGUUUGAAAUUUUAAAAAAGUCGAAUUCUGAAUACGCCUUUUCUUUCGAUGAUUGAGAAAUUUUUCCAUGCCUGAAAGAAAUAAGUUCAGAAGUGAAUUUUUCUUGAAAACAGAAAUAGGAUAUUGUCUUAUCUGGAGUUGUGAUUUAGCAAAGAGUAAUUGUCCUUUACUAGACGAACAAACAUUCAAACCAAGUCUUUGUUCCAUGCGUUUUAGAAUUAUUAUUUUCUUUAGUGCUAUGCAUCGUUUGAGCCAUUAUGAAGCGUCUUAUCACUAACCACACCAUCAUCAGUACGUUUUACGGUCUCACACCACCCACCCCCCCCAAAAAAAAAAAAAAAAAAAAAAAUUAAAUACCUGUACAAGAAGUCUGAUUAUCGAUAAAUCACAGGAAAAUGCUGUUUUUCAUUUGUGAAAACAUUAGGAAAGCCUUUUGGGGCAAAUUAUGUUUCUCCAGACAACUAACAGUUAAAUCAACGAGCUUCAUCAUGCUUAAACUAAAAGUAUUUCAUCUCACUUCAAAGGUCAACAGUUUUACAAGUUUUAUUGGACCAACGGUUCCUUAAUAAUCAUUCUUGACAUUUCGCUUAUUAUGACCGACCCUGAGAAGAAAGGGCUAAAUACUCAGUGUACAAGGCCAUCAAUUCCUAGAUGUCAAUGAACAUUUGCGAAAGUGCUCCGAUAUCUUUUGGGGCGUACUCUCACAGAUCCAUCAAUGUCGAUCACUGAACAAUGAAUUAAUGAGUUAAAUUCAAUUAAUGAUCAGGGUCACUGUCAUCCGAUUGGUGAAAAUUGUUUUCUUGUGCAACCUGUAUCUGUCGGUGAGAUUUUGAAUUAGGUUCUGUCCUUGUUGUUUUAUCAGUAGUUGUUUUGGGAGCUUUCUGUUAUGCAAGAGUAUUUUGAAGCUUAAUCGUGAUUAAGAUGCUAAAAUUUGGACCUUUUCUGAACAAGCAUAUAUCCAUUCGAAACUCAAAAAGUGUUAGGUUACGGAUUAUCAUUUUAACAGUACCUCUAGCUUAAACGAUAUUGAUGAGUCUCGUGAUGAAAUUUCCCAAAAGAGCAAGUAAUCUUUUUUCAUAUUAAAGUUAAUUUUCGAAAGAAGCUAUAAAAUUGCAUCCUUACAAACAAAUUCAGAAAGUAGUGGCAAAUGUGCAAUCGCAUAAGUAAUUUUGUUUUUAAUCAAAGUUAAUGGAAAUGACAGAUGUUAUCAUCUUCGUUCGUAUAUGGAUAGUUCACUGUAACCACUAACAUUUUUCUAUAUUUGGAGUACAGAAAACUCCAGUUUCGUUCGUAGCUUCGGACAACCAUUUCCGGGAAACGUUUUCGUUAAUCAAACGUAGGUGAUACCUCAAAAGUAAGGACUCCUCGAGUGUAAUUACAGUAAAAGCGGUGCUAACGAGAAAGUAAGUAAUUAACCAAUAUGGCAAUUCAAAGGUUAAAGAACCUCAAGCACUCUUCAUUGAUAUCAUACGGAGACAAAUUAAUUACUUUUCUACCGCCUGGCAUAUCGGUUACCUUUGAUACGGUUUGUGCUUUUGUUAUCUAAAUUGUGCUCGAUGUUUACAAGAUCUUUGUCUUGCAUAAAUUUCAGUUUUCUCAGCUCUCUUAAGUAGUGAACACAAUGGGGCUGCUUUGAUGUUCUACUCUGUAAUACAUUCCAUCAUUCCACAAACGUUUGCCUUUGAGAAAUGUAUUUGAGAGAGCAGAAUAUACCUUUCCAUCUCAUCGCAGAUGAUGAAAAGAUCGUUUGCGAUAGUUAUCAAAGUUAGCCUCAGAGUGGCUGUCGAACGGAGUGAAAGCUAAAAAACAGAAUUUUAAGGCUGCUUCAUAACGCAACGUCCUCGACCACCAAACUGUGAACAUAUAAAUUGGUGAUAAUGUAGUCAAAUAUAAUCAAUGAAUUUUUUACAUGCAAGUAGGUCACCUUAGCAAAUUAAGGUUUCUAAGUCAAACACUAAUUAAUAUAUAUAGAUAAAAAGGACAAGACUAGAAAAAUAAGCAUUAAUGAUGGAAAGAAUAAGGAGAAAUUUAUUUGAUGUCCGUGGAAGAUCUUACGUUUCAAUUUUUUCCGUCUUUCCGGCACAAAACGCAAAUUUGGCUUUUAGCGUGUUGUUUGAUAUUUGUGACCUCUGAAUGAAGACUAUGAAUACUAUGGUGUACCAUAAAGGUUUGUUGAUGUAUAUGAUCCAUUGACUUACAUUCCAAGCGAGCGAGAAACAGUACACAAUUCAUUACGUAAGGCUUCUAGGGAUGUCUAUCUUUACUUCGUUAUUCCAAUCCAUUACGCACAAGAUAUUGAAUGUUACAACCCACCCAUUUAUUUUCGCGCUCUGUUAUGGGCUCGUUUCGUCACGUGAUGCCAAAUCGCAGGACGGCUAUCACGUUUUUUUCCUCUGAUUAUUAUCUUCGAAAUUUUUCCCCGGAGGUUCGCUUCUUGGUUACAUAUUUAUUUUUCGGAUAUUUUUCUCUUUUAUUAUAAGGCGACAUACCAACCGCCUGAAGCGGUUUAGUUACUAAACACGUCAGUGAAAAUGCUUAUGUUGGUAAAUUUCUUUUUUUUUUUUGCUUUGUCAAUUUAAGCGUCCAUUCCUGAGGGUUUGAAGCCAUGUUUUCCUUGUUAUUUCUCAUCGCAACACUUACCAAGUUCGCCCCGGAAACUGAAGCCAUAUUUCUCCCUUACUGGUCGAAAAGGAAUCACUCUGAAACUUCCUUCCACAUCCCGUUGUCUACGCUGGCGAUGGACAAACCUUUUGGGCGAAGUAAAAAGCUACAGCAUUACUUUGACCUGGCGACGAACUACUCCCUAGACAACCGCUGUACAACUGGAUUGCCCAUAUCCAUCGCUUGGCACUUGUACUCCCCAUACACCACCGUCUAUCGAACCAAGAACAAAGGAAGCGUAGGUCUAUCGGUUGACGGCAUGUUUCCGGGCAUUCUGAAGGCUGCUUUGUCGGGCUGUUGUAAUAAGAGCUCUGAAGUUUUGUUUGGAAAAUUUUCUAAGUCUGUAAGGAGCGUAGAGAGCGACAUUGAAAAAGACACGUUUGAUUUGACGUUUCCUAUCUACGGAUACGACAACUCAGAUAUAUUCAGGUAACUUCGCAGCAUGUACAAUAUGCGUAAUUUAUCCUUAGAUCUUAGAGCUAUUUUCUCCAGCUAGUGAUCAUGUAUAUCAAUGUUGGCCAGUUUCGUGAAUGUGGUGUUGCAUCAAGGAAAUUGUUCUAAGGAUCUACCGGGGUACUUAAUCACUGGAUAUCUAUUUAACAAAUAAGCUAUCUUUUGCGUGCCUUCUUUCAGUAAUAGAUCACAGACGACAUCAAAAUGUGAUAAGAAUACACGAGGCUGAAAGGCCUGUCCCGACUGUGCUCGGCAACUUUUAAGCAAAUUUUGGUCCUUGUAGCACCCUUGUUUGGUUCUAACAGCCACGGGCAAGUUUUGUCUUUCUGAGCAUUUUUUGAACAACUUUUAGGUUUAGGGCACAUACAAAGAACAAUAAAGUCAACGAUUUCGCAAAAAAACCCCUUCAAUUUAUGCAAAGUUCUUGAAUGUUUCGCAGGCGUAUUAUCUAACUUUAGAACAGCUGGGUACUUGGCUAAAACGACGCACAAAAAUGGCGGUCCUCGUUUAUUUACUUUCCGUGAACGGAAAUGGAUGGUUAGAAGCCGCCUUUAUUAGUGAGCAACUCUUUUUUAAAAUUAAGCUCAUUAUUGCGAUGAACGAAAAUAUGGCUUUUGAUUAACGUUUGUAUGAAAAAUAUCAAGAUAUGUGGGAGGCAACUGUUGAAAUUCGGGUAGCAAUUUUACGGAUUUUAGUCAAUUUUUUUUAGCAACUUUUUGAUAUUACAGUGAGCAACUUUCCAGCAUUUUACUAGCACAAUCAGGACAGGCGUAGAGCCGAGUGUCACAGAUGUGACGUCAUCUAGGCCUCUGUUCUCCAAAAAAUCGUAAGUGAGAGCCAAUCAAAAUGCGUGCCGGCGUGAUGCAGCUUAUUGCCGGCGUGAUGAAGCUCAUUGCCAGUGUGCUGCAGCUUAUUGCCAGCGUGAUGCAGCUUAUCGCCGGCGUGAUGCAGCUUAUUGUAUAAAGGACGGUGGUCGGUUUUAACUGCGCACUCUUUGAACAAUUGCAACCAGAUUCCAUUUCAUGAUCUAAAUCAGUUGAUUGUUAUAUUAACUAUAGUCGCGUACAUCACAGAGAUCCUGUUCAGUAUUUCUUAACCCUUUAACUCCCAAGAUUUGAUUGUUAAUUUUCCCCUCUUGCUGCUAAAUAAUUCCUUGUAAAUUAGUUGCGAGAAUGUGGUGAAAGAUCAAGAUAACAAUUUCUACCUGAUAAGUUUGGGUAUUCUCAUUAACUGUUUGCUAAAAAUAGAAUGGAAAUUAUUGGGAGAGGUAACACGUUAGUCACUUCUGGGAGUUAAAGGGUGAAGUAUAAAACUAACUUGUGUCCCUGAUUCAAAACGUUACUGCGUGGAAGCGAAUAGUAGAGAAAUAAGGGAGACUACUAUAACCUUUUUGAAGAUAACUCAGCAAUCAUUUUUUGUUUCCUCUUCGAUACCAGGGACCGGCCGUUCAUCAGUAUUGUGAAGGCACCUCGUGUUAUUCUUCUUGUGCACAAUGAACAACCCGACAAGACUCAAACUCACGUUCUGAUUACAACAAUAGCCAACGCCUGGCCAAUGCUGGUGUUUAUACUCGUUACAGCUUCACUCUCUGGGAUUAUCAUUUGGUUUCUGGUGAGCUGAUUUUUUUUUCUUUUUUGUUUUGAAAAUAUCAAAGAAUAUUUUUUGAAUUUUGGAGUAGGUUUUGGAUUAAGACCUAACAGCCAAAGAUGAUUUUUGGCUUAGUUCUGAGUUUGUACGGGGUCCCUUCUAUUCUACCAAUGACUUACACUGAAACUCUAAUUAGACUUACGAAACGUGAACUCUGUUCGGUUACGCGAGUCUGAGAAACUAAGUGUUUAGUUUUUGUUGAGUCUGUAUCAAUGAUGUGUACCUAUUGACUGAGUGGGAGGACCAGACGGAAAGAUAUUUGUCUCGAAGUCAUGGCGUAAAGACUAAGCGCAGCGAGGUCCGUGAGUCAUACAAAAACAAAUACUAAGGAAAACUAAAAUUAUGAAGACGGAGAGUACUCCUUCACGUAGCAUCCACCCCUGUGUUUUAAGACUUUGAGAAGUUCAGCUUGGCAACACGUAAGGAAUCAUUUUUUAAUCACGUUUUAUUUGUUUGUUUGUCUAUAGGAUCACACCAGCAACCCUGGAGAAUUCCCACCACCAUUUCUACGAGGUUCCUGGGAAGGCUUCUGGUGGGCACUUGUUACUAUGACAACUGUGGGGUUCGUAUAUUUUUCUGAGGCAAAUUAAUCUCAGUAGAUUUAAUAUUUAUUUAGUUGUUUGUCAAAAUCAUACUUGAAUAUUACUAUAUUAUUAUUAUCUUCGACCUGAUUUAAUUUUUGUUUUGAAACUUUAUUAUUGGUAGGUUAUUUGAAUGAAUAAAGGGGGUAAAGAGUUUAAAAGAUGACGUUUCGAGCGUUAGCCAAUUUACGCUAUCAAUAAUGCUAAAUUACCCAUUUGAAUUAAUACCUAUCGGACUAAUGGACCGACUGAUGAAUGACUGACUGACUGACCGACUGAUGAAUGACUGACUGACUGACUGACUGACCAACUUAUGGCUGACUGUCUGACUGACUGACCGACUGAUGAAUGACUGACUGACUGACCGACCAACUGAUGAAUGACUGAGUGACUGACUGAUGAAUGACUGACUGACUGACUGAUGAAUGACUGACUGACUGACUGACCGACUGAUGAAUGACUGACUGACUGACCGACUGAUGAAUGACUGACUGACUGACCGACUGAUGACUGAGUGACUGAUUGUCUGAUGAAUUACUGACUGACUGACCGACUGAUGAAUGACUGACUGACUGACUGACCGACUGAUGACUGACUGACUGACUGUCUGAUGAAUGACUGACUGACUGACUGACUGACUGACUGAUCGACUGAUGAAUGACUGACUGACUGACCAACUGAUCGACUCAUUGACUGAUUGAAUAAAUGGGGGUAGAUUUCUGAAGAAACUGUGGUUUCGCGUCGAUAGAAGGUAUUACAAGAUAAUUUGGUUUUACCAACUGAGUUGAUAACGUAAAUUGGUUAUCGUAUAGAGUUUCCAAAGCUGACGUUACGAGCGUUAGCCCUUCUUCAGAGCGUUAGCCCUUUCACUCUGUCUCAAGCUUGAUUGACUGAUUGUUUUAUUGACUCAUUGACUGAAUGAUUAAUCUUAUAGUUAUUGUUACCCUUUAUCACAGGUAUGGUGACCGUUCUCCUAAGUCAGCCCUUGGUCGUGUGUUCUGUAUUCUGUGGAUUAUAACAGGUGUUAUCAUCAUAUCGAUUUUCACAGCCCUGGUGACAGCUUCGUUAUCUGCCAGUACCGUGCAGAUUUUUAAAAUUCACGGUUCAAAGGUAUAUUGUAAAGCAUCCUUUUUCUUUCCUGAAAAAAAAUAUAUUUUCCUUCUCUCCUUAGCUGCACCUGACCUUUAAAAUGUGUUGCUUCCUUCAGUUAGAAGCUCAAAAAGCAUAGAUAUUACCGAGGAACUUUUUAUUAAAGAGAACUGUUUUCAAUAGCUGAGGGUCCUUAAUUUAUUUAUUGAUUUGUUAUAAAAUAAUUCUACCAUGAAAUUUUAUCGACGCGCCAUGUAUUUAUCGGUUUUACUAUGAACCUAUUACAUAUCAUUUUGCUAAUUAUUUUAUACGGAAUAUUAUUUUGUUUAUAUUAGUUAUAAUUAUCAAUAUUUAUUAGUUAUUAUUAUUUUUUACUUUUAGUUUUAUUUUUGUAAAGCUCGGAUUAAAAAUACCCCAAUUGAUAUCUGCGCUAUAUAGGUUAAUUAAUAGUAGUAUUAAUACUCUCUUUUCACUUUUCUUCCGCUAAUUCUCCUGUUCCUCGUUGUCAUCGUCAGCGUCUUCGAACGUUGCGAGGCUUCAGCAGUCUUGACCGGGGACGGUGACAUGCUUAGGAAAACAUCGACGUUAUGAAUGACAACUGUUGUGUCAAGAAUUUUAAAGACUCAAGAAUGCUAACCGUCACUAACAUCGCCAGAGCUCUCUUCGGCUUAGCACGCAAAGGCAACUCUAAGUCGCGCUGUUUAUAGCAGUGUAACUAAUUCGCCCUUCGUGUUCACAUAAAAACCAAAAUUUGGGCAUUUCACAUUCUUUUACUAUAUAGGACGGCUUGAAAAUACGUAAUGAGCUUCGUUGCAGUUCUUCUCGUUAAUAUAUUUAGCUCGCUGUGUUCUCUCUCAAGUCAUCUUUGUACUAUUUCACUCUACCUGUUGCUUAUUUAAUGGUUCAUUUUAUGUUUUAUUCCUAUUUUUUUUCACUUUUUGUUUAUUUUUUUACAUCCUGUGGCAGAUCGGAGCAGUAAAUGGGAGUGAGGAGUUCAAACUUGGUGUGACCAUGAAUGCUGACAUGAAAGGUAUCACAUAUGCAUCAGUUAUAUACAGUGAUGUUAGAACACAUCCUUGCGAUGUCAACGAGGCUAAGCGUAAAAGUGUUAGACAAUUAAGGAAAUCGUUGAACUGAGAUUACCUUUGGGUUUAACUACAUCGUUCUCUCGCACCCUCUCUGUAUUCCUCUCAGGUCUUCUGUAUUGUUUAUAGCAUUUUUCUUCAGUCAACGGCCGGGCUCAGACUCCACAUCUCUCUUCAUUUACACGCACUUACCAACGCGACGUCCUCGCGGGGGAAGGGGCAAGGAGACUGGUCGAGGGCCGUAUUUUUUUUCGCCCUAAGUUCGCGACAAAUUGAUGAAAUACCUCCUUAUCCUGCUCACAGUCUUAUUCUUCUUCAUGAUUCUAAUCCUAUUUUUUGUGAAGAGCAAUUUGCCAUUGAACGUCAAAAAAAAUCUCUGAUUGCUUUGGUUUUGCUUUACGUCGCUAUGUGAUUGGUCCAGAAAACUUGCAUGAUCCUCCCAACCAGGUUAAGAUCGAAAACUAACACUUGUUCACUUGCGUCUAAUAGCGCUUUAGGCAGUUUGCUUGUGUAGACUUUUCAUUAUUAUCCUUGUGAUUUUUUCCUUCGCUCUGAUUGGCUGUUUUUAUUACUUCGGUUCUGGUUUUGCAACAUUCAAUAGAAAUGCGCUCCUGCAAAAUAUUGCGCUUCGUUUUUCCGCUGUUACGAAUAUUAGGGCAUUCCGAGUUUCAAUUUCCAGGCCCGGACAUUUUUCCCAUUGCGAAAUAUCAGUGCGUAUUACAUGGUAAACCAUCGAAUAAGGUAUAUGUAUCAUUUAGUGGUCAAUUUUCUACCACCUUAGUUUUCCCUCACGUGAUGAAAAUGACGGAAGCUCUCUUGGCACACGAAAUUGACGGUGCUCUAGUGGACAACUACGUCCUCACCCAUUCGUUGAACCUGAUUCAAAAAGAACCAAUCAGAAUCGAGAGGUACAUCGAUCACUCAAUCACCUAUGGAGUGGUGUUACCUAAGAAUUCUUCAAGGUUUGAGAAAUGUGUUCGAAGCUUCCUACAGAAUCACCCACAGGAGAUAUUUGAAAUCAUUGCAGAUAAUUUGGUGCCACUCAAGGUAAGCGUUAACAGCAAUUUUUGUUUCUUUUCAAUUUUCUUAAUCUUGUAAUUCUUGUGUCAAGCCAGUGUUCGCUAGAUUUCACUGGCACUAUGAGAUUUAUGAAGUCAUCGAAUUUUUUCCAUCCGGUUGAACAAGAUAGAAACGAAACGGAAAUUUGAGUGGGGGUCAUUUUAAAGACUCUCAAAGAGCUCAUGUGAAAAGAAACCAAAAGGCACCACCUAAGCGCCAAAAAAAAUCAAACCAAUCAAACAAAAUGUAGGGCAUAUAAAUUGAAAAUCAUUUAUGAUUUUACAUGUAGUUCUAAGUUCCUCUCACUGAAAACUCAAGUUAUCAAGCUACGUGGAAUUAACACGAGUUUCUUUUGCAUUUAUUCUAAUAGAAUCCGACUGAUGACGAAAACCAGCAGCUUAAAGCUGCAGAAGGUUUGUUUUAUCAAGAAGAUGUCUUUUCUCUCGUCAUGUACAUCGGACUUGGUGUCGCCGCUGUGUUCUUUAUUGCUGGCUUCUCUUGGGAAUUCUUGUAUCGCAGACCGAAAAUAAGUAAGCAUUUCUGAGUUAUUUCCCUCACAGGUGUACUAAUAUUUGAAUGCUAUUCUUAUUGAUGUAAUCAGUCAAUGUUUAUCUUUUCGUUUCAUCCAGAUUUGUUGGUAACAUUUACUACUGAAAAGAAUUUCUUAUUUAUGUUGACUUACAUGUUCUCCAGGCAAAAAUCAAAAAACAACUUUAGGAGGGUAACACACAACAAUAAUUCAACUGAUGAACUAGUGGCCCCCGAUUCUAAAAGUACUAUGAGUAGAAUUAAAAUGUAGUCGUAUAAAACUGAUCGACAGUUAUAUUGAAAUUUAAGCUAAAAACUAGAUAAAAAUUAAUAAUGGUUGGGUCAGGUUAAAUCGCAUUCGGACUGAAAUGUUCUACCUCAUCAUAGCUCGUUGAAAAAUGUCUGUUAAAGGGCUUUCUGAAAGAUGCAACCUUUGUCGCUUCUUUCUUUAGGGUAAUGGGUAGUUCCACAAUCUUGUCGCAGGUACGCUAAAGCUCCUCCCUCCCUCGGUUUCGCGAUUGACAAAAGGGCAGGCACAAUGAAAUUUACUAUAACGACCAGUUCGUGUGUGUAGGUCGGCGUUAAAUUUGAGUAGAUUGUACAUAUAAGCAGGACAGCUUCCUUGUAAACGCUUGAAGACUAAAGUACUCUUAUUUAAAUCAACUUCGUCGUAGAAAGGGUGCCACGCUAAGAGUUUCGCACUGUUCGACCUUCUGUCAUUGAUGAUCGCCAUUGAAGUUGUAGAUUUUUGUAGUUUAGUUUGGAGUUGACGGCAAAUUCAAAUUGGAACUUCUUUUACCGUCUGCUUUCGGCUGCGCUCACACUCUAGUUAAAAUAUUCGCUAUAUAUAUGAAGAAGAGUUUUUUUCUAGUUUUGUUAAGGCUGAUAUAAGGAAUAUGGGAAAAAUGAAAAAAUCAGAGUCCAUUUUUGUCGUUUGUCGUUGCCAUAAAAUUCAUGCUUAAAAUAAUAAAGAAAGCUGUUGUAGCAUCUGUUCUAAUUUAGAUUAUUUUGGUUGAAACUUGAUAUUAGUGAUGUUGUUGUAUUUCAACUUUCGUUGUAAGCUUUCACUGUCGUCGUCGUCGUUAUUGUUGUAAAUGAAGUGUUACACAAAUUAACUCUUCAUCGUCUUAACAGCCCGUGAUGAAUCUUGAUGCAGCAAUUAAUUGGGAAUAUUUGAUAGUCAACAAACAUUUUUCUUCCUACAGGAAAUCAGCGUAUGCAGUUUGCUCCUAAGGGUUCUUACUCAGUCAGCGAGGACGAAGUUAAACUUCACCCUCGCGACAACUCUAAACAUGCCACCUUGGAUAUGAUGAUAGCCGAAUACCAAGUGUUUCAUGACCGCUUAAUUGAAGGAUUGAAGAAGCUUCGCGAUCAAGAAUUAGCCGCUGAUCGAAAUUCCAACGGUCGCACUCCCAACGGAGAUGAUGAAAAAGUUGCUGUGUAAAACCACACUGCUUUAACCCCUAAACUCCCAGAAUCUACCAAGUAAUUUUCUCGAAGGCCCCAUUACAUUUCUUUGUGGAUCAGUUUGGUGAAUUUCAUUUUACAUCAAGAUUGCACCCUCCAGCCGAUAGUUUUGUUUCUUCUCAUUACCAAGGGCUGGAUGAUGUACGUAAAAUUGUGAGGGGAAGCUAUUUGUCGAUCUCUUUUGGUGUUAAGAGGGUAAUUUAUCUUUUUUAGAAGUGAUGUUUGUGUUCUUCCUCGAUCCUGUUUCAAAUUAAGGUGACUAAUUUGACCACUUCAUUUAAAUCUUUACGUUACAAUAUGCACAACCUUUAGUUGUAGUAGUUGUAGUAACAAUUAAUCCGAAUUGUAGGAAUUGGAAAAUUUACUGUGGCAGAUGUUUUUAUUUUUGCAUAGGGUUAAAGUAUAAUAAUUAGCAUGAAAUAUUGUUUUUUAGGUGAAACCUUAAGUUUGAACUUAAAAAGAAAAAGGUGAAGAAAAGGUUCAAGUCAAUACGAACAUUUUGAUUUACCUUAUGUGGGUUAUCGGUUUUGAAAAGGAACCACACACGCCCAAACAAGUAUGUAUUAAAACCUCCCCUCCCCUUUACCUGACUAACCUGUGUGGGGUGUGGGAUCUUAUUGAAAGCUGAAAGGAGGACAGUUAGGUGCUCUAAUAACACUCUUUGCAUCUGCGUUAACCUGUACAGUUUUCGCUUUCCCAGUAGAAUAAUUAUGAAAGCGUGUUCCUGAAACGUUGUUUCAUAAAUGUGCUGUCCAUGAUAACUCGAAUUUAUCAAUAUUUAAAGGGUCAGCCGCAUUCAAUGAAGGCUGUACUUUUCGAUUAAGCUGUAUGUAAUCAAAACUUAAGUAAUUACAAGGGACACUUGGAACUUGGAGUAAAUCUCAGAGUCUCGUUGUAUAACCUGUAUGACCAAUAGGACCGAAGGGUUCAGGACUUAGUUCAAGAAUGUUUCCGCAGCACAAGCGAAGUGUUAUUUCUUCUAUUAAAGGAUUUUUUUUAAUGCUCCUGCGAAGGGCAUGUACAUAACACCAAGUAACAUUGAAUACCUAUUUGAAAAUUGUUUAAAGUUAGAAUUAGGUCUCGUUUCAAGGUUAUUCAAUAAAAAAUCUUUUUUCUUGCUUUUUGUAAGUGG